GACGACGUCUGGAUCAAAAUGCUUGAAGAAGCCAAGUCCGAUGUCGAGCAAGAACCCAUUUUGUCAGACUACUACUACGCUUCGAUCACAUCUCAUCGAUCAUUAGCUUCUGCUUUAGCUCACAUCCUCUCAGUAAAGCUCAGCAAUUCAAACCUCCAAAGCAACACACUCUUCGAGCUGUUCAUCAGCGUUUUAGAAGAGAGCCCCGAGAUCAUCGAGUCGACGAAGCGAGAUCUGGUAGCGGUUAAAGAAAGAGACCCGGCUUGCAUAAGCUAUGUUCAUUGCUUCUUGGGUUUCAAAGGCUUCCUCGCUUGUCAAGCUCAUCGUAUAGCUCAUAAGCUCUGGAAACAGAAGAGAAAAAUCGUAGCUUUACUGAUCCAGAACAGAGUAUCUGAAGCUUUCGCCGUCGAUGUUCAUCCGGGAGCCGAGAUAGGAAAAGGGAUUUUGUUAGACCACGCGACGGGGGUGGUGAUCGGUGAGACGGCGGUGGUUGGAGACAACGUUUCGAUUCUACACGGCGUGACGUUGGGUGGAACGGGGAAACAGAGCGGUGAUCGGCAUCCGAAGAUAGGCGACGGAGUGUUGAUCGGAGCAGGGACUUGUAUACUGGGGAAUAUUAAGAUCGGAGAGGGAGCUAAGAUUGGAUCCGGUUCGGUGGUGGUUAAGGAUGUGCCGCCGCGUACGACGGCUGUUGGAAACCCGGCGAGAUUGAUCGGUGGGAAAGAGAACACGAGAAAACUUGAUAAGGUCCCUCCUGGUCUAAGUAUGGACCAGACAUCAUAUAUAGCGGAAUGGUCUGAUUAUGUGAUAUAAAAAAAAAAAAAA